GGAAUGAAAUUGCUUAGUCUUCACUUCAGUAUGGCCUAUGAUCACAUCGUUGAGGCAUACAAAAAUGCUUCAUGGCCGAAAACUGCGUUUUGGACCUCAGGAACAGAUUACGGUUGCGAAGGUUCGUUUGGCUUUUGCUCCACCAACACUCUACUGCGUCAAGAAGCUAAAUGGGCUGAGGGUCAGCCUGACAAUGCCAACGGCACAGAACACUGUGUUUCGGUAGAGGUGCAGAAUAAUUCUGCCCUCUUGUAUGACGAAAACUGUCUCAGCAAAAAGCGCUUCAUUUGCGAAGGCCGUGUUCAAUCUCUUAUCGUUGCAACGGCGGUAGAAGAGGAAUGCUCUAUGAUCUACGGGCUUACUAAAGCGGACGUGCGCAAGGUAUUAAAAACUGGGCCAUCGAACUUGAGGGAAAAAUGCUUCAUGAAAUGCUUUGGAGAAGCAACAGGACUUUAUAUAAAUGGAAAACUUGUGGAGGAAAAAUUGUACGCGAUGUUUUCUGACAUUUCCUCUGAAGAUGUUGCGCAGUUAACUAAAAUGUACACCACAAUGGACUACUGCUCCAACAUGACACGAGGAAUGGACAUUUGUGACAAAGCUGCAGAAUUGUUUCGCUGUGGAGUAGAAAAUGCUCCGGAAGUCAUGGCUGAAAUCGUAGACAGAAUGGAAAAGACAAUAACCGAGAGCCCCAUCUUGCUUCCUGAAGCCAAGUCCUAUUGCCCACCACACAAUUGCUAUAUACAAACCGAACUGAAAACGCUUUUUGACGCAGCGCAAAACAGCACGUACAUCGCAUUUCCAGGUGGAUAUGGAUAUGUGACUCAUACCUGCGGUGGCAAAUUCUUGACGGUAACCUCUACUAAAGAGGAAAAAGAUUUGCCUGGUGCUCUUGAAGUUUGUUGCUGGUUUGGACUGCGGCUAAUGGUGAUCCAAACAGAGCAAAAAUACGACUGCUUGAUCAGCAAUAAAAUCAAUGGAAAUAGAACUAAUAAUUGGUUCGUAGUAGCCGGUUCUCGGAUUGGAUUCCCGACAAAACCGACUUGGUGCUUCACUGGGGAUCUGGUUGACCUUACCAUGGGUGAAAAUAGCAUGGGCACACAAGGGAGUCGGUAUCCAUUUGUCACGGCGUUUACAUUCGCAAAAAAACAAUUUGGAGCAUAUUCCGAGAGCCUUGCAGAAGUAGCGUGCGAGUCUUUUUAA